GUCCAUACCCUGACCUUAUACAAAAUCUGUGUAGUUUUAUUUAAGCUCAGUUUUUACUCAUCAAACAUUUAUGCCUCUAAUAUCAUAAUAGUGCUAUUUUCUAAUUUUUGACUAAUUUUUCUUUGCGCUUUUAUUUUUAAUACACCCUCAGCCACUAGCAGAAUGUCACAUAGCUGUCGUCUUCUCUGUGGUUUUUUAAUGAGCUGCAUCGGAUGGACAGGUAUUAUUAUAGCGACCUCGACAAACAACUGGGUGGUCACCUGUAAAUUCGGGAUGGACACGUGCAAGAAGAUGGAAAAGCUCGAGACGAAGAGUCUGUGGACCGAGUGCAUGAUCUCUACUGCUGUCUAUCACUGCGCCUCACUCAACCAGAUCCUAGAAUUACCUGCUUACAUCCAGACGUCUCGUGCUCUGAUGGUGACUGCCUCUCUGCUCGGUUUGCCCUCUCUGACGCUCGCGCUGCUUGCGAUGCCAUGCGUCAAACUGAAUCAGGACACCGAAGACACUAAAUACAAGCGUGCAGUCCUGGGUGGCAUUCUUAUACUGUUCAUAUCUCUGUGUGGGAUAGUAUCAACCGUUUGGUUCCCCAUUGGAGUCCUUCACGAGGAUGGUCUGAUGUCAUUCGGGUUCUCCCUGUAUGCUGGGUGGGUCGGCUCAGCCCUCUGUUUUUUCGGGGGAUCUCUGAUGACUUGUUGUUCAAAGAGCGAUGGCCCUAGCCAGAGUCUUGAAAACCGCUAUUACUACUCAAAACACAGUGGAGUUUCGUCCCCUCCCAUUAACAGUCAUGCCAAGAGUGCACAUGUUUGAGAGUGAAGACAGACACACAAGGAUAAGGACUCAGCUCGUAUCUCAAGAUGGGAUUUGGGCACACACACAUGAAAGCUCACACACUUAUACCCUCUCCAAUGAAAUAUGUGAAGAAUUUGUUUUCCAAUGCCAUGGUUUGAGCGCAACCAUGUGAAGAUUUGGAGGGAACAGAGAAUUGGUAACUUACUAAAGCUCGCAGACAUCGAAGCAUGAAAUGUUUUGUUUGAACAGACGUUGCAAUGAAACCAGGGGGAAACUAUAAGCAUAUUUUUGAUGUUUGGAAAGUCAAUAUUUUUACACAGUAUUCAGUUUUGCUCCUGUAAAUCUUUUUCUAGUGACAAGAAAUCAAAUAUGUUAACAUAUUCUUUCAUUUCAGAGUUGUUAGCUCUUGUAUGCCUUCACUAAUGUCAACAUUUCGAAAAGCAUGUAUUACAAAAUUGGACAUUUUGUAAUAUCAGACAGACAGGAAAACCAUCUGGCCAGAUGUCAUUUGCACUGUUUUCCUGGAGAGCUCCUCACAGUAUCCUGCAUUCAAAUGUAAUAUAAGAAAAAAUGUUUGGAAAAGGAAAACUGGUGAUUUUUCAAGUCUCAUUGUACUGAUGAUUGAUUAAUUUUAGUAACGAAUGUUAUUGUAUCCUCCCUGUGCUUUCUUUUCCAAUAUGUUUUUAAAUGUAUGUCAUUUUUUUGGCCCCAGCUGUAGUCUUUAUAAAAUGCAAAACAGUAUUUUGUUAAUGGCUGACAAAAAGACACCAUUUGUGUUUGUAAAAUAUAUUAAUUUUAAUAUUUCAUUUUAAAUGCAUUAGUAUAUUCUUCUUCAAGCAAAUGUAACUUUAGAUCUCUGUGUUUAUUUACAUGUGUUCUCAAUCUAAAUGAAUUUACGCACAGCUGUAGGGAGGAAAUAUAAAUAUACUCACGCAAACCCACAAGAGUAACAUAUUUCUACAAAGCAGAAAGAAUUUCAUAUCAAUGUCCCAAAAUGUUUUGAGAACUAUUAAGCUGUCGCAGGAAGCCAAUCAUAAUAUUUCCCCCAAAAUUCUAAGGAGAGCUUGAGAUGUUAGAUCAAAUACAGCUUUGGAGAUGGUGUAAGGUUAAAAGGCCACUAAAUGCUUCUUUAAACGUAAUAAACGGGCGGGCAUCAUAAAGGGUUUUUAGUUUUAAAACUAUCAACAUAAAAAGCGAUAAUGUAAUGUUGUAGUUUUAGUGUACCGAAGAUUGCAUUUCACAUACAUUAACUGAAAUAAAGCACCAGCAGCUAAUUUUAUGUGUUCUAAUGAAUAUGUAACGAUCGGUUUAGUCUUAUUAAAAUAACAAUAUGAUGGGGUUAAAGGCU